UCAUCAAGUCUAUAAAUUAACAUGGUCAAUUAUCCAAUGUCACUGCCAUGAAUAAACUCACACGUAACGCGGUGACAGUUACGAUGUUUGCCGCGAGAGGCGUUAGCGUACAGCUGAUUUUUCUGAAAACUGAAAUUGUCCACCAAAGAUUGAGAAACACGUUACAUCGUUACGUUACGUGUGCACGUCAACUAACGAUCAUGAGGAACAAUGCGAGGAAUGUGAAAGAUAAAGGCCGAACUGAUAAAGACGACAUUGAGGAUAAGCAUCGGGAGAAGAAGUUUGACAAAAAGAAGUAUAGAUUACAGAAAUACAGCAACAAAUAUAAAAUUAAUCAAUGGGAAGAGAGGAGGAAGAAGGCAGUGUUACGCGAAUAUUAUAAAGAGCUUAAGAAGGAUCAGCAGAAUUCCGCAGGAACGUCGUCAAAUUUAAGUAAUACAUCCAAAAAUGCAAAUGAGACUAGCAAAUUGAAGAAGAGCAACAUUUUCUUCAAAACUAAGCGGGAAUAUCAGCGAAAGCAGGAAGAAAAGAAGAACAGACUAGAGAACACCAUUCGUAUAAAGGAAGAACGAGAGGAAGCCUUGAGGAAGUAUAGGGAGAAGAAAUUGCAAAAUUUCAAGGUGUUAUCGAAGAAGACGAAGAAGGGACAGCCUGUCAUGAAGGGCAGAAUAGAAAUGUUGCUGGAAAAAAUACAGCAAAUGACGUAAUGUACAAUCGUCUCUUUAUCUUCGAUUAGACUGAUCCAGGAUAUGGUCAAAGUCUCACUAUAAAUUCUUUGAAGCUUUUGAUUGACCAACCAGAAGAAAGAAUUUCACUAAUUGACCAAUCAUAAAGAUUGUUUCAAAACAUUUGUAGCAUCAUGUUGACUGUACUCUUAAUCACAUUGUUGCGCAAUGGAGUAUUAGAGAAACAGUAAAAUGUUUUCAUUUUUGUAUAUAAUGUAUAUUGUAUAUUACACAAUGUAAUAUGUAUAGGAUGUUCCAACAGUGACACAUAAUCUUUAAAUUUCAUUGAGUUUUUGUCACACGAGAUUGUUUCCAUAUUAUAUAUCUGUACUAUUAUCUUUUAUAUAACUGUAUUAUUUGUAAACUGGAGUGACAAUUUCGUGUGCAGUUACUCGUUAAAUUAUAACGGAAUAAAU